AUGGGAUUUACAUUCAUUCUGAUCCUCUUUGGACUGUGCAUAAACACUGAAGUUGUGAAAUGCACCUCUGUGUGUUUAGUUAAUGGCUAUGCAGCCUUCUGCGCAUCUAGAGGUCUUCAUCAGGUGCCAGAGCUUCCCACGUACGUCAAUUAUGUGGAUCUGAAUUUUAACAGCAUUGCUGAACUCAACGAAACAUCCUUUUCUCGUCUUGAAGGUCUACAAGUCCUUAAACUGGAGCAACAAACAACAGGACUUGUGAUCAGAAACAACACGUUUAGAAGACUCUCCAAUCUAAUAUUACUUCAGUUAGACUACAACCGCUUCCUGCAAAUAGAGACAGGGGCGUUUAAUGGAUUAUCCAACCUUGAGAUUCUCACGCUCACUCAGUGCAGUUUAGAUGAUGCAAUUUUGUCUGGUGACUUCCUCAAACCUCUGGUGUCUCUUGAGAUGCUUGUCUUGCGUGAAAACAACAUUAAAAGAAUCCAGCCAGCAUCGUUCUUUUUAAAUAUGAAGAAAUUUCAUGUGCUCAAUCUCUCUCGCAACAAAGUGAAGAGCAUCUGUGAAGAAGACCUCCUCAGCUUUCAGGGUAAACAUUUCACGCUUCUGAAACUAUCCUCUGUGACACUGCAAGACAUGAAUGAGUACUGGUUAGGAUGGGAAAAGUGUGGAAACCCAUUUAAGAACAUGUCCAUAACUAUAUUGGACUUAUCUGGAAACGGCUUUAAUGUUAACAUGGCAAAGCGUUUCUUUGAUGCAAUCACUGGUACCAAAAUCCAAAGUCUCAUUCUCAGUAACAGUUACAGCAUGGGCAGUUCUUUUAGUUAUAACAAUUUUAAAGAUCCAGACAAAUUUACUUUCAAGGGUCUUGGGGAUAGUGGUAUUGAGAUUUUCGAUUUGUCCAAAUCAAAAAUUUUUGCUUUGUCAAGUUCAGUAUUUAGUCAUUUUCGAGAUCUAGAACAAAUUACAUUGGCAGAAAAUGAGAUCAACAUUAUUGAAAUUGAUUCAUUUUGGGGUAUGACAAAUUUACUAAAGCUAAACCUGUCCAAAAACUUCCUGGGUAGUAUUGAUUCUAAUACAUUUCAGAAUCUAGAGAAGCUCGAGGUGCUUGAUUUGUCUUAUAACCAUAUAAGGGUGCUUGGCGAUAAAUCGUUUCAGGGACUCCCAAGUUUACUCAACUUAAAUUUAACAGGAAAUGCUCUUGAGUCAGUUCAUGAAUUUGCAACCCUACCUAACCUGAAGAUAAUCUACUUGGGUGACAAUAAAAUUUCAUCUUUGUCUAGUUUACCCAACAUUGCUAAAAAUCUUACAACCCUUGACCUGGAAUUUAACAAAUUAAAGUCCUUGUCAGAUCUCUACACAAUACUACGGGAAUUUCCUCAAAUAGAAAAAAUCUUUCUUCAAGGUAACACGUUUUCAAGUUGUUAUAAUCACAGACAAAUAGUGUCUUCAGAUAAACUACAACUUCUUAAUCUUGGAGGUUCAUCUAUGCAGAUGAUCUGGUCAGAAGGAAAAUGUUUAAACGUGUUUAACAAUCUUCAUCAGUUAGAACAGCUUUCUCUGACUGCCAAUGGGCUACAGUCUCUUCCAAAAGACAUUUUCAAAGACCUUACCUCUUUGUGGAUUUUGGAUUUGUCCUUCAACUCUUUGAAGUACCUUCCAAAUGGUAUAUUCCCUGAAAGUCUUCAAAUUCUUAAUCUUGAAUAUAAUUCUAUUUAUUCAGUAGAUCCAAAUCUCUUUAGCACCCUCAGCUACCUCAGCCUCCUCAGCCUGAAGAAAAACGAUUUCCGUUGUGAUUGCAACCUAAGGGAUUUCAAAACUUGGCUAAAUCAAACCAACGUAAUCUUUGCUCACCCCAUUGAGGAUGUGAUAUGUGCCAGUCCUGAGGAUCAGUACAUGGUUCCGGUUGUGAGAUCCAUCAUACAAUGUGAGGAUGAAGAGGAGGAGAGAAAUGCUGAAAAACUGAGGCUUGUGCUUUUUAUUUUCUGUACCGCAUUUAUCAUAGUACUCACUGCUAGCGCCAUCAUUUAUGUCCGUCGACGUGGCUACAUCUUCAAGCUUUACAAAAAACUCAUUGGCAAACUUGUGGAUGGAAAGCAAGAAGAGCCUGAUCCUGAACAAUUCUUGUAUGAUGUGUUUCUCUGUUUUAGUUCCAAUGAUAUUAAAUGGGUAGAAAAAGCGCUGCUGAACAGACUAGACUCUCAGUUCUCAGAGCAGAACACACUCCGCUGCUGCUUUGAGGAGCGAGACUUCUUACCUGGGGAGGACCAUCUUACCAACAUGCGAAAUGCUAUCCAGAAUAGUCGAAAAACCCUUUGUGUGGUGUCUGAACAUUUCCUGAAAGAUGGCUGGUUACUAGAGGCCUUCAUUCUGGCACAAAGGAGGAUGCAAGUGGAGCUUGAGGACAUUCUGGUGGUGCUGGUUGUAGGGAACAUACCGCAGUACAGGCUACUGAAGUUCAAACAAGUGAGAUCGUACAUUGAGAACAGAAGAUACCUUCUGUGGCCUGAUGACAGCCAGGACUUGGAUUGGUUUUAUGACCAACUUCUGCAUAAAAUAAGAAAAGAUACCAAGGUUAAACAAACAAAUCAACCAAACAAACAAACAAAGCCUGAAGCAUUGAAUGUCCAUGCAAACACAGCAGUAUAAUUAUGGUAUAUCUGUUGAUUAUAUAUUUUGUAAAAACUAAUCACCUUUGGUUUCAGAUUUUUAAUGCAUAAUGCAGAUCUUGGUUAGGUAUAAUUAUGCAUUAUCUCAUGUUUCCUAUGUUUGUAAAAAUGUUUGUCUGUGAACCUGCUGAUAAUUUCAGUAAAUAUCUGAAAUGCUAAUUCUA